GUUUGAUGGAUCAGCAUUGACGGGUCUGGUUCCACUACGAUGAAAACGUGGGAAAAAAAACGAAACUUGCAACAUUUGAAAUAACCAGUGAUACAAAAAAAUAGUGUCUUGGAUUUUAUAACUGUGAUAAGUGAUUAUUAUUUAACAUUGCCUGUAACUUUAAUUUGUGGAUUUUUUUAACAAAAAAAUUUCAAAUACUCGAAACCUUCGAAUCCGACUUCCUGUGCCGACAACAGCAGCUGGUGACUUUUACACCAGAAACUCGGGCAGGAACAAAGGAAAAUGACAAUAGGUGUUUAGUGCACUCUGCUCUGUGUCAAGUGUUAGGUAGCUGCGAGUGAAGUGAUAGUUCAGUGCCCCGGCGGGUGUGUCUGCUAUGAAAGUAGAGGACUAAUAACGCCAUGACGAGUCAACUGCACAAGAGCAGACCAGGAAGUGGACUCAGCCUCAGCGUUCUGGAUCUGGCAGCAAUAAGGAGACUACUGGAUACAGAGAACUCGGCAGGAAUAAUCUGCCCGAGUUGCGACAUGCCUUUCGACAAGGGUAAGAAGCGGAGGCUCAUCGACAAUUGUGGACAUGAAAGGUGCUACUCAUGUAUGUUCACCAACGAGGUGUGCCCACUAUGUUCCGGAAACAAUUCCACGACUCAAAAUGACGGACCCGUAAAGAAGGAUAUCGGCUGCAAUGGACUGAGAGGAUCCGAGAUCACGCUUUACGGAGAAACGCCACAGAUGCAGAUCGAGAAAGCCGACAAAAUGCAACCCAGAACCAAAGUCAAAACCAAUGGACACUUCACCACAUACAUGCAGACCCGCCAAGACUUAUCGGCAUCUGGCGUCGAGGCUGGUCACCCGGAAAAACUACCAAAGACUCGUCCCACCAACCCCAGAAACCGACUGGACCAGGGAGUCAUGACCCAGAGCUGCCCCACUCCCCCGCAAUCAAGGAGGAAAUUCUUCUUGAGCCCCAAGGGUCUCAGGAGCCCCUUCGUGAGCAGGAACGCUAGGCAGCAAGGCGACGUGGCGGCCUUAUCUGCGGUAAUGACCUCCUCAACAACUUCAAAUGAGGGAAGACACUGGCCCAGCGUAGUUUUAGGGAAAAUUCGUUCCUUAUGGACAGCGGGGGCCUCUACUGCAAGCGCCGGCUUGAAUCAACUAGUAGCAUCAGAUGACGAAGCAACCUUGAAACCUUCUGCAAAUAAAAAGUCCUCCGAAAAUGACAUGUAUAUGAGACUCGGUCUCCUUCUUGGUGAUGGCGCAAGACGUUCUAAAAGAACCCAAGGACGAAAUCAUGAAUCAUGUUCGUCAUUAGCAAGCUACGAGACAUCAGCCAUGUUGUCAACUAACACUAGCCCUGUUUCAACCCUCACAGGAAGUUCUGAAGAUCAACAUAGAACAAAUCCAAGCUCAGAUAGCGUCGCAUCAUUAAUGUCGAUGUCGAUGUCUGGCCAAAGUAACUGCAGUUCAAGCCCUGUUAGUAGGAGGCACAGUGUCACAACUACUCAACCUGGUCCAGUAGAAGAUCUCAACAUGUUCAGAAAUAGGCGAACAUGCAUAAGAAGAUCGGCGAGAACGGGAACAGUAAAAGGUCCCGUAGACCCGAAAAUACGUUUUGCUCAGUACAGAACACCUCAACUUACCCUCAAACCUCUAUUUUUCGAAGUCCCACUUCAAGAACCAGAUCCUUUAUUCCUUGGAAGACACUGGCUUAUAAAGGAAAUUGAAGAUAUUAUUGCUUCUUCCAGCCCUGGUGUCCUCCUCACUGGUAAUCCAGGAACAGGAAAGACUGCACUUGUCCUUCAGCUGGUAGAAUAUAGUUGCUUUGGAAGAAGAAAAGAACCAGUCUACCAAUCAAUUCAUUCCCCAGAUCGAUCUCGAAGUCCACAAAGUAUCUAUUAUCAAAUUGACCUUGUCUCAGAAAAAAUCCGACAGUUAGCAAGCUGUAUUGUAGCAUAUCACUUCUGUCAAGCCGACAACAACAACACCUGCUUAGUACCUGACUUUAUCCAUUCACUUGCUGCCCAGUUAUGCCAAGCUCCACAGUUGACUGCGUACAGGGAACACCUGCUUAGUGAGCAACAUUUGCAAUCUGUGCUGUCACUCAAGGAGUGCAUAGCUAAUCCAGAUAUAGCUUUAACCAGAGGUAUACUGGAACCACUAGCCAGCUUGAAAAGAAUUGGUAAAAUUGACAAUAUCAACUGUGUAAUACUGGUAGAUGCACUCUGUGAAGCAGAAUACCAUCGCCCUGAUCAUGGUGAUACCAUCACAACAUUCCUUGUUAAACAUAUGCCGUCUUUCCCUAGUUGGUUGAAGAUUGUGGCAACAGUUAGGACACAGCUACAAGAAGUUACCAAACAGCUGCCCUACACUAGGAUCUCUCUAGACAAUAUACAAGCUAAUGACAAUAUACAAAAAGACAUUCUGGGAUAUAUUAACUUUAGACUUCAGAACAGCCCCAGUAUACAAAGCAACAUCACCCUAUCAACAUCUGGAAAACUGGAAAGUGGAAGUGUGUCUCAACACAAGUUCUCUCAACAUUUGUUGAAUUUAAGUCAAGGUUCCUUUUUAUUUGCCAAGUUAACUCUGGAUCUGCUUGAAAGAGGCCAGUUGGUUGUAAAAUCUUCCGGUUACAAAGUACUUCCAGUUACUCUAGCUCAGAUUUACCUGUUACAUUUUAAUCUAAGAUUCCCUACAAUUCGUUCCUUUGAAAAAGUCACUCAUAUUCUAAGUGUGUGCUUAUCUGCCCUAUAUCCGUUGACUCUCUUAGAAAUCUACUAUUCUGUAAACUCACUACUGGUAGACAACUUCUUACCCUGGUCCGAGUUCCUACAAAGAUUUAAAUUGCUCUCUGGUUUCUUAGUGAAACGUUUAGACAACACCUACAUGUUCUUCCACCCUUCCUUCAGGGAGUGGUUGAUUCGUCGUGAUGACAAUGAAGCUACAAAAUUCGUUUGUGACCUUAGAUCUGGACACGCUGGAAUUGCCUUUAGACUGUCCAGAGUUCAAGCUCCUUUAGAUUCUGAGAAGACCUUAGAAUUGGGACAUCACAUAUUAAAAGCCCAUGUAUACAGAAACAUGUCUUUGCCAAAUCUCAGUUCAAGAGACCUCCAAGCCAACUGGGUAGCGGAAAGUUCUGAAAAUGUCUCGGCUGCAGUUUGUCACUUAAGAAAUAUGUAUAGUCCUAACGUGAAAGUAUCUAGGUUGCUGCUUCUAGCUGGAGCUUCACCUAAUUACAUCACUGACUUCCUAGGAAAUGCCCCCGUUUUGUGCAUGUAUGCCAAUGAAGGCAUAGUUCCAAUGGUAUCCCUUCUCCUUGAAUUUGGAGCUGACGUGGAGCUAACUAACAGCCAAGGAUGUACAGCGCUUUCUCUAGCUUCAGCAAAAGGUCACUGUGAUGUCGUUAGACAGCUAAUUGCUGCUGGAGCUUCUCCAGGCCAUGCUGAUACAGCAGGGUUCUGUCCUUUAGUUCAUGCUGCCCGAAAUGGUUGCCUCAAUGUUGUUGGCUACCUACUCGCAUGCGAUUGGAUUAUCAAAACUCCAGAGGAUGUGGAAUUGACAGAAGCAGCUCAGCAAGCUUUGGUGGCAGCUGCUGGACAGGGACAUACAGAGAUUGUAGAAUAUCUACUAGAUAUGGCUGAAGUUAAUGCUGAUGUCCGUGACACUAUAACAGGAGAGACCGCUUUGACUGUAGCUGCAGCAAAUGGUUGCCAUGCUGUUUGUUCAGCCCUUAUCAACCGAGGCGCCAACAUUUCUACAACCAACAAAAAGGAAUUGGCACCUUUAUUGUUAGCUGUUAAAGAGGGACAUUGGGCUGUGGCUGAAAGACUGAUUCAGAGCUAUGCUGCUAUUGAGCAGUGUGACAAUACAGGGAGAUCACCACUGAUGAUUGCUUCUUCUGAGGGUCACCUUGGACUAAUUGAACUACUACUUGACAGAGGUGCUGAUAUAAACAAAGAGGAUCGUGAAGGCCUUACGCCGUUGUGCUGGGCUUGUCUAAGAGGUAAACUGCAAGUAGCACAGAGUCUGAUUGAACGUGGUGCCAGCAUCAAUCACACAGAUAAGACUGGACGUACUCCUUUAGAUCUGGCAGCUUUCCAGGGCAACCAAGCCUUAGUACAGUUUUUGUUGGACAGAGGAGCCGUUAUUGAACAUGUAGACGUCAAUGGCAUGAGGCCUUUGGACAGAGCUAUAGGUUGUAGGAAUAUUCAAGUGGUUCAGUGCUUCUUAAAGAAAGGAGCUAAAUUGGGACCAGCGACUUGGGCCAUGGCUGCAGGCAAACCAGAAAUAAUGCUUAUACUUCUUAAUAAACUUUUGGAAGAUGGUAAUAUUUUGUAUCGCAAAAGUAGAUUAAGAGAAGCUGCCCAUCGCUACCAAUAUGCUUUGAAAAAAUUCCCCACCGAUGACCAAGGAGAACACAAUAAAGCUUUCCAUCAACUACAGAUCAACUUUUUACUUAAUUUCUCUAGAUGCAAGAGGAAAUUAAACGAAGCCGAAGAAGCUGUUAGCUUAGCAAACGAAGUUAUCGACAUGAAGCCAGAAUCUUAUGAAGCUUACUAUGCAAGAGCAAAGGCAAAGUUAGACCUCAAACACUAUGAAAGUGCCUUCCUUGAUGUUAAAGAAGCUCAGAAAAGAGCUCCAGCUCAGAACACUGAAGUUAAAAAGGUGUUGAGUUUUCUACAUGAAGAAAUUACCAAUAAGAUGUCUUCAACCAAUCGAAUUUCGAACCACCGAGAUCUGGCCAUCUCCGUGGAUACCUUACACGAAUAAGAUAAAUUUAUAUGUAAUAAUAAAAGAUAACCCAGUGCCUUUUCAAGUGCAUUUUUUUGGAAGACUGAUAAUCAAAAUUAAUCUUUUGUGAAUAUUAGUAUAAGUAUGGCUUUGUAAAUAUUUUAAAUUAAUUUAUUUUUGACUGUUGACAGUUUUGGGUUCAUCUCAUCAUUCCCGAGGAUAAAAUAUCCUAAUUGUUAUUUAUUUAUUUCAAUAUUCCUAGAUAUUUUUUUUUGAAAAUAAGACAAAUAGUAAAGGACUAAACAUGUAAUAGUUAAAACACCCAGGCUCAGAACAAUUGUGAUUUAAUACUUAUCGUGUCAAACUGGCUAUAAGGUGAAAUAUUUUUCCAUAUAUUGAAGAUUUAGAACAAAUCAGACCAAGGUAUACAAUCUUUUACCUGGGAUUAUUAUAUUUUUUUUAUUAUACAAAGGUGGUAGACUACUAUAUUAGUCAGCGCUUUAAUAGUUUGAUUCGAACUAAGGCAAAAAAGUAUUUAAUAAAUAGGUAUAUGUUAUAGAAUGUUUUUGCCUUUUUCAUGAUUUGUAUAUAUCAAAAAAUAAAGAAAAAACUGCCGUAUAUACUAGAAUUGUUCCUUAUUGUUAAUUUUAUUUUUAGCUGUACUUUACACAACUUGUUGCAGUUAAUUAAGGUUUUUUAUUUUCCAUUUUUUUCAAGAUUAAACUGUAAAUAACAGAUAUGAAGAAAAAAUAUGCAUUGUAUUUAAUACAACAAUUUUAGUGAUCUAAUUUUAUUUUCAUUCUUGCCAAGCAU